GUCAUAAUGUUUUUUUUGUGUGUGUGUUUUGUUUUUUUGCAUUAGAGGAGUGCAGAGGGAAGGAAGCUCUCCAUUCUUUGCUAACUAGCAAAAUGCCCUACAUGCAUAUAGGAGGGCAAAACAGAAGAUGAGGGGGAAAUUAAUUAUGAGAGAAAAAGUGAAAUUUAUAAAGACCUUGUCACAUUUUUAAAAGAAAAAUCGGCAAAAUUUUCAGAAAAUAUGUCUAAACAGGAUAUUAGAUUCACUGAAGAAUGGAAAAAAGAAAAUGAAGAGCCUAAGGAGGUACCUAAGAAGGAAAAAGCAGACGCCCUUCCUAAAGCUUUUCUUGCUUCAAGCAAGAAUAUACUAGAGAAGAACCAAAUUAACUUCGGGAAGAUUCAAAUGACCAAGAGAUUAGAGCCAACUUUAAACUGGAAGGCCACUGUUGAUUUCAAAAAGCACAAAAGCUUACUAAGAAACACUCAAGAGAAAAAACAUGGAGGAAGACUUGGAAGGUCAGGACCACCUGUUUCACCUGGAAGAGCACAGUUAGUUCGUAAGAGUGCUGAGAAGAUUGAGGAAAUUCUUAGUGACAGCUCCUCAGAGAAUGAGGAAGAUGAAGAACCACCUGAUCGUCGUCAGGAAGCAAAUGCAGAUUUGCCAUCUGAAUAUUGGCAAAUUCAGAAACUGGUGAAAUAUUUAAAGGGAGGAAAUCAGACAGCUACAGUGAUUGCAUUGUGUUCAAUGAAAGAUUUCAACUUGGCGCAAGAGACCUGCCAGUUGGCAAUCAGAGAUGUUGGAGGCCUUGAAGUUUUGAUAAAUUUACUGGAUACUGAUGAAGUCAAAUGUAAGAUUGGUUCAUUAAAAAUCCUAAAGGAAAUCAGUCAUAAUCCUCAAAUCAGACGUAAUAUUGUUGACCUUGGGGGCUUACCAGUUAUGGUUAAUAUACUUGAUUCUCCACAUAAGAGUCUGAAAUGCCUGGCAGCUGAGACAAUCGCAAAUGUUGCCAAGUUUAGAAGAGCCCGACGGGCAGUGAGACACCAUGGAGGCAUUACCAAACUGGUCGCUUUACUGGACUGUGCACAGAGUUCAGCAAAACCAGCUCAAUCAAGUCUGUAUGAUGCCAGAGACGUGGAAGUAGCUCGCUGUGGGGCACUGGCAUUAUGGAGCUGUAGUAAGAGUAAUGCAAAUAAAGAAGCCAUUCGUCAAGCCGGCGGCAUUCCUUUGUUGGCUCACUUACUGAAGACUUCUCAUGAAAACAUGCUAAUUCCAGUGGUGGGGACAUUGCAAGAAUGUGCAUCAGAGGAAAACUACCGAGCUGCAAUCAAAGCAGAAAGGAUAAUUAAUCUAGUCAAGAACCUAAAUAGUGAGAAUGAACAACUACAGGAACAGUGUGCCAUGGCCAUCUACCAGCUUUUUGUGAGUUAUGCAUUUCAUAGUACAUCAGAAAAGGGAAGAAAAGGUAGCCUUGACAAAUUAGUAGAUGGCUGCUUACUGGCCAUUCCAGCUUCUACCUAUCAGAGAAAUCAGAGCUGA